GUUUUACCAUCUACACGAUAUCACUAAAUUGCACAUAAAAUUUGACAAUAAGUAGACGAUCGAUUGACAGAAACGGGAGACCCAAUUUUUCAUAGUCUAGGGGCCAUGACCUGUCGAAAAAACUUGGGGCUAGCCAAUCGCCCGAUGAACGCUAUCACAAAAUUUCCUUAGCUUACGCUCGGGAAGUAAAAAACGUUGCGCAGUGACCAUGAACUGUUUGCCAGUCUCAAUUUCAAACCCAAAUUAUUUUACCUUGUUAACAAUAGUCACACAAUGUUGGUGGUUUUUCUCGUCCUAGUGUUAACAGGUCGUACUUUCAGUACUUUCAGUGACAAUUUCAACGACAUCAAUGCAAUCGCCACUGAAGAAAAAGUUGCUGAAAUUGAAACUUUCAUUACAGACAAGUGCGCCAAUAACGGCGCCAACGUAACAUUUUCUUCUUUAAUGAGUGUGGCAUUUGAACUCAAGGAUUGUAUCGAAACUUACUUCAAUGUUACCAAAGUACAACAAGAACUUGAGAAAGCAAAAAUAAACGGUAGUCUGGACGAAGUUACAAUGCGGUACUGCACGAGGUACCCUCAAAUUUACGAAUGUUUGAAAAAUGCGUCUGAUGUUGUACAACCGUGCUUAAAUUCCACCGAACAAGAAUUAGUUAAAAAUAGUUUAAAGCUUAUGGUAUAUUUAAAAAAAUAUAUAUGUUUCAAGGACGGGACACGGAUUGCUAUGUUUAUUGCAGCUGGAGGCCUUGAAUGUAUGGACUUGCAAAAAGAACAACUACAGGAAUGUAUCGGUAAUGUAACUGGGCAUAGUAUAGAGUCUUUAGGUGCUAUGCUGCAGUUAGUUUCUUCUCAUAGUGAAAAGGGAUGCGAAUCAUUGAUGAAAAUUCGGUCUUGUUUCUACCAUGAACUAAAUAUGUGUGAAGAAACGAUUCCUGCUAAUAUCGUUGAAGCUACAUUUAAGUUUUUCAAAAAAGAGUUUUCUUGUAAAGGAAACAAUCCAACUGUUUACAAAGACAAUGACAAUAUCACUCUAAGAAUUGUUGUUUUGUCUGUAAUCCUUGUUGUAGCGAUUGUUAUUUGUUAUUUUUUGGCUAAGUAGUAAUUGAUUUUGUCCUAUUCGUCAUUUUCGAUUGUUGU